UAUGAGAUCGGAAAUUUGUCACUAUCGUCAACCACCUGCCACGUGAUUGCUAAUCGAAAAUUGUACAGGUACUCGGAAAGUAAUAGAUCUGUAAAUAUUGGUGAAUGUUUUUUCAAUAAAUUGAAAGAAAGAUUCAAAAGUGAUGAGUGGUUUGAUCCAGGAAUAUCAGUCUCUAGUCAUCCGUGUUCCAGGAGCAAUUCUCCUCCUCUGACUCUCGAGAAACAUCGAGAUUAUUCAAGAGAAGUGAAAUUCGAUCCAGUCAUUUAUCCAAUUGAUUUUAAUAUUGAAUCAUCGUCACUUCAUUUAGAAAUUGAUCCUCGGAUUGAUAAACUAAAUGUUUGUGAUUCUCAAUUAGGGAUCGAUGAUAUUGAUCCAGUUUGUUUGGAGAUUGAUCAAAUUCAUCAUCAAAUUGAUUCGUUGAGAAUUACAUCACAUUUGGCAGUUGAUAACUCAUCAUUAUUAUUGAGGAGAAAAAAACGUAAACUAAAUAGACAGUGUUCGAAGAAUUGUUCUUAUUUUCAAUUAGCGUUUCUAUUGUUUUUAAUUGCAUUUGGGCAGAAUGGACUGCUUUCAUCGGGUGUGUUAAAAUUUCACAGGAAGAGUACUGGAUUGAGUGUUUUCACUAUUGGUAUGGUGAUUGGUGCAGUGAGAGCAGCGCCAGUGGAUCUGAUCGGUGACACAGGUAUUAGGGCAGAAAGAUCGGCAAAUUUAUCACACAUUACGGGAGCGUCAAGAAAAAUCCAAAUGUACGUGAAAAAUAGAUAUCUGCAGAUUUUACCAAAUGGCACUGUCAAUGGUUCUAAUGAUGACGCCUCCGACUACACUAUUUUUCAGAGGAUGUCGGUGUCGAGGGGUCAACUAAGGAUACAGGGUGUUGCCACCUGCCUCUACCUUUGCAUGGACUCCUGCGGUCUUCUUUACGGUUCGCACGAGUACACAGAGGACUGUAUUUUUAAUGAGACAAUAGAGCAACACAACUACAACACCUAUAGUUCCGUGCGAUGGUCCACAAAUCAAAAAACUCUCUACCUCGGCCUUAAUCGUUAUGGUGAACCAAGAAGGGUCCAAGCCAAAGGUCACAAUUUAGGCAGGCUCUCAGCCUACAGUAGAGUCUUAACAAUGGUCGUUUCACCAGAUCGGGUCGAGACUCUUCAUCGGCGAAUGUUUGCCACCCAUCAUAAUGUUCGUCAUCGACACAAUGCCCAUCAUCAACAUAAACAACAAAACAAUCUUUGUCCACGUAUUAUGCAACUCGAAAAAGACAAUGUAGAUAAUAAUUAUCGAUGUCGAAAACGUAAAAAACGAAGGAAACGAAAACGUAAAUGCCAAGAGGACGAGAGUCCUGGUCCUCAGUGUGAGCAUCAUCAUCAUCAUCAUCAUCAGCAGAAUCAUCAUCACAUCGACUCUGGAAGCAGCGAGGGUCUUCCCGAAUCCAAAAGAUCCUGCGAGGACGCCGCCAGUGACGAGGUCUGUCGACGUCAGGCAAUGGAUGCAGCCUCCAAGAAGCGGAAGUCACGGAUGGAGAAGGUUGGCCGGAACCAACAUCAGCAGCAGCAGCAUCAUCAUCAUCAGCCGAGGGAUUCCAAGAAGGGUAAGAAACAGCCAAGUACGAAAAAACCCAAUACUGAUCUCGCUGAGCACGAAGACGAGAAAGAAAAAAAGCCUGAUAGCAUGAACGGGAAGAAAAAGCCCCCUGGGUUUAAGAGGACCUCUCUGCAGGCCAAGAAGAAACUUCCGGGCAGGACAACAGCAUCGUCAACGGUGCCAAAGGAGCCUCAAUCGACCUCGCCAUCUUCCUGGUUACAUGGUGUCUCAACCAAAGGAUCAGCUGCUGAUGCUACCACUAACGUCACCUCUGGUUCAACAAAUUCAACAUCAUCGAGUAAGGACAUCUUGAGGGCAAGUUUAUCCGAACUCUCAUCACCGCUUGAUUCAACUGAAGAUGAUCAAUUCGAUGCCUCGUAUUCAAAUGAAGAAAUUAAUUCAUCAUUAGAAUACGGUGGCAUUACAUUGAGUGGCUCUUCAGCUGAAGUGAGUGACGAUGAUGCCAACAUCAGUACACCAAGGACUAUGAGGUUGAUCAAGGCUGGUAAGUUGAAAGAUUCAACAACAAGACUGGCCAUGUGAGACUACGUAUUGUUUAUAUCCCUCCGUUAAUACAAGUGUACAUAUACAUAAAAAAAAUGGCACCUUCGAAUAUAACUGUAAGCUUUUGCGCUCGAUGCAAUGAAAACAAAAUAUUCUUCAUUUGAGAGGAACUUUUUCUUUACUAAACUUGAAACGUAACUGCAACCACUAUUUUCCUCUAAAAUUUCACUUUUAUUUGCACGUACUAAUUAUUUCUUUUCCGCAAAAUUCUACAAAAAAAACUACUGCCUCUCAAAGAGUAUUUUUUUUUCUUGUUAAAAACCUCGUCCUAAAAUUAUAGGUAUUAAGAUGAAAGGUCAUUGAGAUUAGAAAAAUCUCGCAGCACUCGCGAGUUGCGAUGAUUGUGACAAUAAUAUGCCCGGAGAAAAAUUAAUUUUUCUUUCAAUAGUAAAUAUAUAAAUAUAGAAUUAAUAAAAAAAUUCAAGAGAAAUCCUAAAAAAGUCCACAAAAAAUAUUUCCAUAAAAUAAAAAAAAAAUAACUCGUCAAAUUCUGUGUGUAGUUAAAAUUCCGUGACAAUUUUCGCAAACUUUCGAGAUUGAAAUUUAACUUUCCAAUAUAUUAUUGGAAUAAACAUAUACUAAAAUGGAAUUUCACAAAAAUUAUUCUCAAGUUUCAAGAGAAGAAUAAUUAAAAAAUUACUAUAUUUAGGGUUAUUUGUCGUGUGACGAACCGUGAAGUAUUCUUAGAAAAGUAAAAAAUGAAAAAAAAAAAAAAUGAAAAGAGAAAAUAAAAAAAAUUGUAAAUUAAAAUAAUAAUAAAAUUUAAAUUUAGGAAAUUCCAAAGAUUUGAGUCACAUGGAAAGUAAAAGUUUUUAAAUUGACGCUCAGAGAUCAGGAUCUCUUAUAGAAACGCUACAUUUUUCAGGAUAUAUAUAUAUACUAUACGAAAUAAGUAUUUUUCCUAUAUUAUUUAAAUGAAUCAUGAUUAACAAAACUGAUGAGGAAUAAAAACAUUUUGAUAAGAUCAAAUAACAGUAUAUAUAGUAUAGUUAUUUCAAAUUCUUUAGAUGUAUAAAAAAUAAUUGAUUUCUAGUAUUUCCAUUUUUCACUUAUAUAUAGAGAGACGUGUUACAUGUCUCAUAAAAAUUCAAAUUUUCUUAAUUCAAUAAAACAAAGUUUUUCUAAAUUUAAAAAAAGAAGACUUUAUGCUAAAAACUAAAAAAAAAAACAAUUUUUAUUGUUCAAAACUAAUUAGGGAAUUAACUUUUUAAAUUUUCUUUUUUAAAAUUUGCAUAUAAAAAAUAAUAAUAAUACAAAGAAAUUUAAUAAAAAAUAAUAAAAUUUCAAUUUUUCGUUUUAAUAAAUUGAAUUCAAAAUUAUACCCACAUAUGAGAUUAUUAUGAAAUAUGGAAUAUUAAUUUAACGAGAACUUAUAAAGAAAUAAAAAAAAAAGACAUAGAAAUAAUAAUAAAGUCCAAAGAAAUGCAAUUGUCAAAUUUUUCUUGUCAUUUCCAUUUUUGUCUUUCUCUUGAUGAGACAAAUUUUUUUUAAAAAUAAUAUUAAUAAAUAUUAAUAAUAAUAAUAAUAAUAAUAAUAAUAAAUAAAAUUAUUUUUAACAAAGUCAAAUAAUCAAAGUCGGACAGAACCGAAGCUGCGAGUCUUAAAACGACCUAUUAAUCUAGUAAUCUAUUUAUUAAAAAAAAAAAAAAAAUUAUUAUUUAUUUCUGUAAAAAAAAAUCGAAUUCCGUGUACAUAAGACUAUAAUCAUCGAUCAUGGAUCACACAUAUCGAUCGUGUGCUCUCCAUUUUGUGCCUGUGUUUUUUUUUUAAAUGCUCGAAUUCGCUAAGAAUCGAAAUUUCGAGGCGGAUGUAGCGACUACAUAUGGGUGAUUCUCCAGAAACAGGUCACUUUUGAUUCUUUGAUUAAUUAGUUAAUAAAUAUUAUCUAGAAUUGGUUUAUUUUUUUUUUAAUUUCUUCAUUUUAAUGAUCUUUAAUAAACUCAUUAUCAAUAUAAUGAUAUUUUACUUCCCAAAAUUUAUUUUGUCAUCUGAAAUAUGCUAAAAAUAUACUUUUGCUCGUUCCACACAUGGAUUUUGCUAUUUUUGAAUAAGAUUUUUGACAUUAAAAUUAAAAAAAUAAAAUUUGUCAUUAUAGUCAUUUUAAAGUAUGGCUGAAAAACUGUUAUUCCCUAAAAGGGUUUUUAAUUUUUCGUCCAUUUAAAUAAAAAAAUGUUUAUUUAUAAUGUUUCUUCGUAAAUUUUUUUCUGGAUCCGGAGUUGAGAAUUUGACUAGUUUUUCGAGGUUUUGCUUGUUAUUUUCAUUGUAACUAAAGCAAUUUUUUGAUAAAUAUGUGUAAAAAUCCCAAUUGAAUAAAAAUCAACGGUACUAAUUAACUAAUUAACUUUUAAAUUUAUAUUAUUAAACAAUACAAUUUGCGUAUUUUUAUUAUGUCUCAACUCCGAACCUGUUUAAAACAAUCGUUUUUCAAAAUAAUUUUGAAUUUCAACCUAUAGUAUCGAUAAAAGUAAUAAAAUUGUAUAAAAUCCCUAAAGGAUUUUUUAUUUAGUCCUUAAUUAACAAAGUAAUUAAUGUUUUUCAUUUGUUUCUCAACUCCAGCUCUCUCAACUCCGGCCCCCGAAAUUUUAUUGAGCAUGCGCAAGUUUCGCGCGAGCAGAAACGACACUCAACUACAGGGCCGUCAUUCAGCUUUUCAGUUCCCUUGCGUUUAAGAAACUUAAUUUUUUUUCUCUAUUUUUAUAAAAAAAAGCCGAGAUAAAUUUCUACAAAACAAUUAAUUUUUGCAAAGAAAUUAUUGUUUUGUUCUCGAAAAAUUAAAUAUUAAAAAUUUAAUUACAUGUCUGCGCAAAAACAAUGGUGCCUGGGGCCCCGGCCGCCCUUGCUACGCUAUUGCGCUGAAAGUACUACAAUACAUAUUUAUCGUUAAAAUUACAUUAAAAACGGUUUUUAAGCUCAAAUAUUUAUUAGAAUCACUUGUUCCAAUCAUAAUUAAUAAAAAGGAUGCAAUAAACAUGUAUUUUUAAAUAAUUUUGAAAAAAAAAUUCCUUAUUCAAAAGUGACCCGUUUCUGGAGAAUCACCCAUAUACAUAAAAAAAAAGAAGUCUCAUUGGUUGAUUGUACAUUACACAACUUUGAUUUCUAGCGAAUUCCUAUUUGUUGCAAUUUAAAUGACGUAUGAGUGUUCUUGAUGAAUGAAAUUACAAAAAAAAAAAAAAACAGUUCAACAGGACUAUAGGAGUAAAAGACAAUUUUUUUUCUGUCAUUAAAUGGUGCAUUUGGCAAAUCAUCGAAAUCCAACAAACGUACAACAAAAUUUAUAUAAGUUUUUCUGUGCUCUUCAUUAAUAUUGAAAAAUAAAAUAAAUAUUUUUUCACUAGUUAAUUUUUCUUUUUUUAUUAAAAUUAAUUUCUUUUUAAAAUCAUUUAUUGCAAAGAAAUCUUUUCAUUUCUAUAAAAAUACAAAGUCAUUUUAUAAUUAUUGAUAGAGUUUAAAAUAAUUGAGAUAAUUAAAUGAAAAUAAAAAAAAUUUUAAUUGAAAAAUAAAAAUAUUAAACAUUUAAUUCGCACAGAAACUCUUGCCAGUAUACGUGUGAGAUUUUGAUGUAUAAGCCAGUAAAAGCACUGCCAUUUUGACGUUGUAUUUAAUCUCAUAGACUGAACUUGUAAUGUUUAAAAAAGAAAGAAAAAAAAAAAAAAAAAAACUACACUAACGAGCGAUUGUCGUUCACAGCGAUGAUUGAAAUUCUAUGGUCGAAUGCCUGUAUACAUCAUUUUUAUAUAAUUAAAAAAUUCACAAUCUUGUGAUAUCUUUUAGAAGUCAAAAUAAUUCUCCCUAAAAAGGCGCGCAAAAAAAACAUAUAUAUAUGUCACAUGCUUUUGUAGAUAUAUUAGUUGAUUUUAUGAAAAGAAAUCAAACUUUUUGCAGUGACGAUAUACUUCGAAAACAAUGAAUAAUUUCUUAGCGAACAUCUAAAUAUCUAUUUUCGAAAUCUAUUUGCGAGUUUUCAAUUUGAAAAAAAAUCAGUCAUUUUAUUGAAGAACAUUAUAAAAAAUAUCAACAAAUUUUCUUAACACGAUAACUAAUUUUUCUUCACAUACAUACAGCAUCCGUAUAAUUUAUAUAAUUAUGUUUUUAUCUUCCAAAGAAAACGAAACAUUAACAACAUAUGAUUGUUAGAUUACAUUAAUUUUUUUGCCCGAUUUCUCGUAAAAUACUAAAUGGAUUAAGUUGGAAUUUUCUCUAAAACAUUAUUAAAGAUGUGUUUGAUAUUUUUUAAAAUUGAAUUAAUUAUUCCCCAAAAAAAAGAAGAAAAAUAGUUUUGAACAAUAUGAAAAAUACAAAGCAAAAUAAUAAAUGAUUAUAAACAAAUACUAAAAUAAUAAUUGUACAUUACAAUCCAUUCUCAUAUUUUAGAUUUCUUUAUAAAAUUUCAGCUCAAUCGAAACAGUAUUUUACAAGUAAUUUAGCUGAAAAAUUAACAUUUCGAUUAUCCAACACUCAACAUGCUGUUAAAAAUGUCUUCUAUUCAAAAAUCAACCUGCGCUACUUUUUUUUUUUACUUAAACUAAACAUCUUGUAGUCAAAUUCAUUUUCAUUGAUCAAAAUCGUCGACCGUAUCGCAAACAUAAUUUUUAGAAAACUAAUAAAUCAAAUUAUUAUUAUAAAAACGAAAACUAAAA